CAAUCUGCUUUUGAGGCAGACAUAUGAUAGGCCUGUACUCCAAAAUAUUAUAUUAAAAUCAUAAAACUAGGCUAUGAACUGUACUAUAGGCUAAAUAAUAUCAUAUUGUACAUUUCUUAUAAAGGAUUUGUACAUUUUUAAUAAUCUUACCUCCUAUUAAUUGUUACAGUUAUGAUUUUAUCUGCUUCCGACUGUGAAAUUCAAAAUUUAUCGUUUAAUUACGGCAGUUUGUCUACAAAUAUUUAACAUUUAAACUUUUUUUUUUUUACUAUUUAUUUCUUAAAAAUAACCUGAAUCCACAUUGAUUUUUCAUUAUCUAAUUUAAAGUUUUUUUCAGGCUGUUCAUAGUAGGCUAAUGAAAUUUAGAAAAAAACUUAUUCCCCCUUUCUUAUUUAUGUAUUUAUUUAUUUUUUUAAUUAUCAUUUAUCACCUGUAGAGUAAAUAAAGGAUAGUUUUGUCCCUGGAAUAUAUUGGCCUGAAAGGUUUUGGUUGUUGAACUUCACAGCUGCUGCAGUAAGAGGGCGCUGUUCAGUCGGGUUUUACCGAUUGAAGUGUAGUCUGAGGUGGACAGCUUGCUAGAUGUUAAUCUAAUUACAGUGAAGUAGAUUAGACAGACUGCAAACGUCGAUAGCAACGACAUGAAAGGCAAAAACCAUAUUAAUGAUACUAUUGUUAUACUGACCAAGACCAACUCAUAUGCAGCUUUUGGGCACAUCUACCUGACGAUAAGCAAUGUGGUCACGGAUAUAGUUUAAUGAUCAGGAACCGUGACCUGCUCAGUCUGCACACAGCCUCUCUGACACAGUAAGUUUUCUUCAAAUGUUAUUAUUAGUUUGGUGAGUUUAUCUGCUUUAACUUGUUAUAAUGUAGUUAAAGGCAAAACAAGGUACUUUUUUUUUUUUUUUUUUUUAAGAAAACAGGUCAUGAUUAUCUGCCCCAUAUAAAUGUUUAUCUGAUAAAGAACAAUCUUGCCUGGCCUUCGUUUUGAGAUGUUACUAUUUUAUAUUUUGUUUUGUUUCAGUUUCUUUGCUAAUAUUAUUUUUUAUUUAAUUAUUUUAAUUUGAUUUCUUUGACAGUCUGUCUAUCCCUUUCCAGUUAAAGAGCUCUGACAAAAAGAGCUUUUGACAAAAUGCCUGGUGUUGCCAGUCCAAAUCCAUGGAGUCUCUCUGAGUUACUGGGGCAGAAGAGCAUUCUUGGAGUUGUAGUUCUGAUUACAUGGUUAGUACUGUUCCAUCUUCUGGUGAAUGUGUGGCUGCUGUGCAUCUUCACCAGUCUGUUGGUAGUGCUGGGUGGAUGGCUGGGAUCUCGUGUCGCUUUGGAUGCCAACAGCCUCCUUCAUUUGGAGCACUUCCUGCCCUUGGGCGAGUCCCCUCAAGUUCACACUGCCUCAGAGAGUGAACAAAGACUGGACUGGGAAAUUCAAAGUGCUGUUGACAAGGCUGUGCGGGACUUUGUGUCAUCCUGGUACUGCAGUUCUGUUUCUAAGGGAGGGGAUGAGUUCGAACGGGAAGUGAGGGACGCUAUGCUGGAGGCAGCCGCUGAACUGAAGAGGAGGGCGAAGCAGGUGGACCGGAGAGCGCUGGCCCAGAGGGUUCUUGAGCUUUGCGGAUGCCAUCUGCAGAGCUUCACCCAAGCCAGGAAACUUCAACGAACACUGCAAGAAGAGUCCGACCAAUCGCUUUCAAACUCACAAAAACUAUGGAGGUUGUACAGUAUAGCUGAUUUGCCUCACCCUGCCCUGACGGGCCCAGCUAACCAGCUCUGCUACUCCAGAGCACUGGUAGAUCUCCUCAUGCACGUCCUUAUUCCCAAAUCUCACCUAGAAACACGAACAGGCCGCUACAUGGUGGGAGAGCUCAUCACAUGCAAUGUUCUUUUGCCCCUCGUGGCAAGAAUAUCCAGUCCAGAUUGGUUAAACCAGACCAUUGUAGAUGUGUUCACUCAGUCCACUGAUAAAGAAGAAACGAGUCCACAGCAAACGCCUCCAGCAGACCUAGACGAAUCCCAUAGCAGCUUCUGGGACAGUGACUCUCCGAUUACUUUAGACUGUCCUGAAACCUCCAGCAUGCAGACGGCUUGGUCUGUAUCCACAGCCCCCCUCCAUGAUUCCUCUGAAACAAGUUUCCACAGUCAGUGGUCCUCUGAUGAAAAUGUACAUGCGAGGAGAAGUUCUAGCAUACUUUUUCCAGAAAGAAUUGCCCAAAAUACAGCUGAACUUCUUAGAUCUCCGUACCGCACUAGCCGCCUCUAUAGACACACAGACUUUGACCUGGAAUCACCCUCUUCGGAUGAAAGGCAGAUAUCUAGUGAGUCUUUGAAACGAACAGACACAAAUGCUGAGGACUUCUGUGACUGCAUCUCUCCUUCAGACUUUUGUGGGCUGGUUUGUCUGGAGGAAGACACGUUGGGUCUUUUGGGGAAGUGUUUCGGGCAAAACAUGAUCGCUUCAGAGCCUCCUUCACGACUGGAGAGUACAAUGGAAGAAUCUCCGGUCCGACCACUGACUAACACAUCAAACUCCAUUCCCAGAAGCCUUGGCCUGGACUCAUUAGUUUUUGAAAACUUAGGGAAUCUAGAGGGACCGGUAACUAUUCAGAACUUACAAAUCACUGGGACCAUCACAGCUAAAGAGCAAAGAAGCAACAGCACACAUCCUUAUACUCUUUACACUGUAAAGUUUGAAACUACUUCAGAUUGCUCUGAUCAGCCUGUCAUGUAUCAUAUGGUGAACAGGCGCUACACUGAGUUCCUCAAUCUGCAGACCCGUUUGGAGGAAAGGCCAGAUCUCAAGAAAUUGAUCAAAAAUGUCAAAGGUCCAAAGAAACUCUUCCCAGACCUUCCCUUCAGCAACCUAGACACAGACAAAGUGGAAGCCAGGAGAAGCCAACUGGAAUCAUUCCUCAGGAAACUGUGCAGCAUCCCAGAGGCAGCUAACAGUGAGGAGAUGCAGGAGUUCCUUGCCCUCAACACUGAUGCCACAGCAGCUUUCCAGAAGAAGCCGUCGAGUUCACGCAUAGACAAGAUGGUUGAGAACAUAGUAGACACUCUGAAGACGGCGUUUCCACGCCCAGAGCCUCAGAGCCCCAUAGAGGAAGGAGACCCACAAAGAAAGCCUCGUCUGAGAUUCUCCAGUAAAAUAGCCCCUACUCUUAAUAUCCCAAGCCUGCAGCCUAAAGUGACAUACUCUUUCAGUGAACGCUGCUCAGUUCUUCGAGGUUUCUCGCUGUCAGAUCUAGAGGGGUUUGUGGAGGAACAGGAAAAGCUGGUGGACGGUGGUGUCAGGAGUCAUUUUGCAGGAGGAAGACGCAUGAGAGAGCAGAGAUCUGUAGAAAAGAGAGGAAGAGGAGCAGACACUGCCCUGGCAGAUAUCGCUCUGAAUAUCUUGUGUUUGCUGAUGAAGGACCAGUGGAGCUGGCUCUGUACAGAAAACAUCCAGAAGACCAUUAGACUGCUCUUUGGCACUUUUAUUGAAAGGUGGCUAGAUGUAGGCAUAGCCCACCUGACCAGUUCCCCAUGCUGGGUGAUCUACCUGCGGGUUCUCCAGGAUGCAGUGUGGCCCGGGGGUGAGCUGCCUGUGGUGCCACGGCCAGAGAGAAGCCCAGAGCAGAGAGAGAAGACUAGACUCCAGUGCUUGCAUUGCCUUAUGCAGCUGUUCCCAGAGUUAAUUACAGACAUGCUUGGCUCUGAGAAAUUCAGGCUAGUGUGGGAGCAUGUGCUGGAAUCUCUACAGGACCCCAGUAUCAACAGGCACUUGGUUUACUGUAUCUUUGAUCUUCUGCUGGAGUUCCUUGUUCCAGAAUUUUCCGAGGAGACGUUCCAGAGGUCUUUACUUCAGAGUCUCCCUGGGGAUAUAGAGAGAACACCAUCCUCAUAAGGACACUAUGUUUCUUUUCUUCCAUCUUUAGGAAUGCUGAGGACAUUUGGAUGUGUUUUUAUCAGUCUGGCUUAUCAGUUUGGCAGGCUUUGUAUACAGCUGCUUUUGUCUCACAAUGUUCAUCUGAUGCACUAACUUUCCUGUCAGAAACACAAACAACUCAAAUUUUCAUUUGUCAAAUAUAAGAUUAAUCAUUGCUGGGAAUAGACCUCUUUUCUAAUUUAUUAAUUUGUAGUCGCUGCUCUGUGCGGUUUGUAGACAAAACAUGAAGAGGGGUAAAUCAAAAUCUCUUCUUGGCAAACUGGUUGUUUGGAUAUUAUUGUCCUCCCGUGACUCUUUGUGGAUGUUGAACAAACAGUGGAUGUACAUUGUUGGAAUGUCUAAAAGUAUUAAAACAUUUAGGAUAUAAUAUGUUUCCUAUACACUACCAUUCAAAAGUUCAAGGUCAAUACUAUAUAUAUAUAUAUAUUAUUAAAUCGUAAAUAAAACAUUUAUUCAGCAAGGAUGAAAUUAAAAAAGACAUUUACAAUGUUAUAAAAGAUUUCUAUUUCAAAUAAAUGCUGUUCUUGUGAACUUUCUAUUUAUCAAAGAAUCCUUUAAAAAAGCAUUAUGGUCUCCACAAAAAUAUUAAGCAGCAUAACCAUUGAUAAUACUAAGAAAUGUUUCUUGAGCACCAAAACAGCUUUUAAAUGAUUAAAUUUAAAUGAUUUCUGAAGGAUCAUGUGACAAUUCAGCUUUACCAUCAUUGGAAUAAAUUACAUAAAAUAGAAAACAUAAAUUGUAAUAAUAUUUCACAGUUUGACUUUUUACUGUUUUUGAUCAAACACAUGCAGCCUUGUUGAGCGUAAGUGACUUUCAAAAACAUUAAAACAUUUUACUGACCCCAAACUCUUGAACGGUAUGUUUAUGUUUUAAGUUUUUUUUAAAUAUAUUGUUCCAUUAAAAUGAAUAAAUAUUUCUGGAAUGUUCAGUACAUUCAUCUUCUUUUGUCACUUACUGUAGCAAAUAUACCCCAGUUUCACAGACAAGACUUAGGCCUAGUCCCAGACUAAAAUGCAUGUUUGAGCUGUAUCAACUGAAAGCAACUUGCACCAACAUAUCUUAAAAUAUGUAAGUGCUAUUGUUUUGUCUCAAGAUGCACACCAUUAAUGUUUUUUUUUUCUAAGGCACAUUUAUAAAAGCUACUUAAAUGCCCUAAUUGAACUAAGGCCUAAUCCUGGCUUAAUCCAAGCCCUGUCUGUGAAACCAGGCCAUAAUAUUUACAAUGUCUAUAUCGAUCUUAGUCAGGUAAUGUAUUCGGAUGUCACUCUGAUGUAGUCUUUGUAAACAGUGUAGCGCUGAUUCUGCUGAAAUAUCUUUGACCUAUCUGAGAGUGAACAGAGCCCAGCAAGAUUGUCAAUUGACGACCACAAGUGAGUCCAGGAUUAGACUUAGUUUGGCUGCUGUAACAGUAAGAUCCAUACCUAAAAUGGCAAGACUGCUAUUUCCACGUCACCUGGCCUUGCAAGUCUGGAUCCAGAGUUGGACCUUGUUUUAAAUGUCUAUAACCAAGGCCAAGCUUAUUAAGGAAGCCAGUGAAGCAAAAUUAGAUUAAAUUUCUUGUUAUUUUCAUUCUUGCAUGCAUAGCCAUCAGAUGCCUGUGGCUAUAAUAAAGUCCAUGUGUUAUUAUUUGGUGGUUUGCUAUACACACAUUCUAGAAGCACUUUGUGUACUUGUCUCAGACACUGGUUUUGCGUGCUAGAUUUUCGAAUGUAAUGACUGCAUGAUAGCAACAGGUGUACAGAGACUUGAAAUUCAAACACCAGAUGUAAUGCUUUCAACACUCUUUUAAAACAAUAGACAGAACUAAACAGUGGACAACACAAGAAUUCAAACAAUUGUCUGGAAGAUAAACUGUUAUUUAUAUGUUUUCCUUGUAUUUGCUCAUAUUUGUGGACAGUCGCAUCCUACUGAGCUAUCGACACUGGGCUUUGCAAAUACAUCAAAAAUACAUAUAUAAUGUACAAUGGCAUGUCAUAUAUCAAUAUUUAUAGUUAUAAAUGAUAAACUUUGAAACAAAUGUGUUGUAUGUAGUAAAAAAAUGUGGGCCAUUUUCCUUAAUUUCUUUACAUUACAUAUAUAAAUCUAACUGACAUUGUUAGUGUUUGUGGAUCUGUGUUCAUCUAUUUGACAGAUGCUUUAUUACCAAAUCAAUGUGAGGGGCAUUUACCAGAGCAGGAUGUUAAGAAAAGUAGCAUAUUUUUCAUGCUACUGUAGCUUAUGAACAUUGUGGUGAAGCAAGCAUUUGUGAUGGAUGUGUUUAUGUGACAUCUGUUUACUUUCGGUUUUAAGUUUCACUUUAUACUUUAUAAGUUACUCAAUUUAGUUAGCUUAUCCAAUCCACAACCUGUUUUCUGCAUGGUGAUGCAGCCUGAAAUUAAACAACACCAUGUUUGUUCAUUGGCCUGAAUCAACACUGAACUGACUUCAGCUGAACAGUGACACUUUUUUCUUUUUAAAGCUGCUUUACAGCCGAAGUGAACUCUGUUUGCAUCAUUGAAUUAUUAUGUUCCUGGUUAUCACUGUAAAGCUGCUAUUAAACAAUCUGUAUUGCAUAAAGCGCUAUAAAAACAAAGGUGACGACUUGACGUGGCUUAUCUUUAUUUACAUUAUUUCUUGUUGGUUACACUUUCUUUUGAUAGUCCACAUCAGACAUUCUACUAAUUACAAGUAACUUUGCAACUAACUCUCAGAGUAUUAUUAGACAUUUAGGUGAGGUAUUAGGGCUCGGGUUACUAAAAUAAGUUAAUGUGCACUUAAAAAGUUACUUUGGGGGAGCAUCAAAAUAAAGUGUUAGCAGAUAUUAAGCAGACAGUCCACUAAUACUCAAAUGACUGGUAGUUGAAAUGUAGUUGUAAAGUUACUUAUUUAGUAGAAUGUCUAAAGUGGACUAUCGAAAUAAAGUGUUACCUUUUUGUUCAGUUAAUUGAUUCUUUCCUGUGAUUUUUCCCAUCAUUAUGACUCUCCCCUUGGUUAUUCUAUAAGCAGUGCCUUUGACCAAAGGUUCAUAAGCAUAUUAUCACCAUUGUGUUCCAUGAGGACUGUCCCUGUAGCAAGUGUGCUGUUAUUUGCUUUAUUUAAUAAAACAUCUGCAAAAACUUUA